AUGGCGCCCAAGUUUUAUUGCGUCUUGAGGAAUUGCGCCACAAAGGAAGGCGACAAAGUUGUGUUUCACCACUUCCCAUCCAACGACGGUCAGAGGCAACUGUGGACCGAGUUCGUGCAGGCCGUCGAAGGCAGCACUUGGAGGCCGGAUAAGCGCAGUCAGGUGUGCUCGCAGCACUUCUCGUCGGACUGUUACAUGUACAACAUGCAGUACUGCGAAGACUUUGGUCUGAAGACGAGGCGAAACUACCUCAAGAAAGGUUCUGUGCCGACUUUGUACCCACCCGGUACAGUAUUCUACUCUGCAUCGCGCAGGUGUCCGAAAACGGAGGCAGCGGCAUCGGGAAACUCCGUGGAUAUUCCGAAAAGAUAUUCGUCCAAGUCAUCCUCCCCAUCUCGGGUGCUUGCUGACGGAAGUCGAGAUAAACAGUCAGCAUCGGUGUGA